AUGGAUAACAAACAGCUAACGAAAAUCGAUGGCAAUGCUGAAAAAAUUGCUAACGCUAAUACUCGACCAAAGACUCGUGAAUGGACGUUGAAUGAUUUCGAAAUUGGCCGUCCUUUAGGUCGAGGAAAAUUUGGCAAUGUAUACUUAGCUCGAGAAAUUGAAUCCAAAUUUGUGGUUGCCCUCAAAGUUGUAUACAAAACGCAGUUAGGAUCAAGCAAUUUGAAGCGUCAGUUACACCGUGAAAUUGAAAUUCAGUAUCAUUUGAGACAUCCAAAUAUUUUGCGUUUGUAUGGAUAUUUCCACGAUAAAGAUCGUGUUUAUCUAGUCUUGGAGUUUGCGCCGAGGGGAAGUUUAUUCCAAUGUCUUCAGGAGAUGAAAACAUUCCCGCCCGAGCUAGCUGCCAAAUAUAUGUACCAGCUUGCAUCAGCUAUGGAAUACUGUCAACAAAAGAAAGUGCUACAUCGAGAUUUGAAACCUGAAAAUGUUCUUAUUAGCGCAAAUGGUGAUUUGAAAAUAUCAGAUUUCGGAUGGUCGGUACAUGAACCAUCAUCAAAAAGAACUACAGUGUGCGGUACGUUGGAUUACUUAGCGCCGGAAAUGGUUCCGAACGGAACGCAUGAUUCUAUGGUUGAUAACUGGUCUCUAGGCGUCAUGCUAUAUGAAUUCUUAGUUGGGAAACCAGCAUUUGAAGCAAAAACAUAUCAGGAUACGUUCGAUAAUAUUCGUAAAUGCAGGUAUACUUUCCCACCUGAAAUACCGGAUGGUGCAAGGGACCUUAUAUCAAAACUUCUACGAAAAGAUCCAACUAAACGCUUGCCGCUUAGGGACGUUCUGAACCAUUCAUGGAUACAGGAAAUGAUUACAAAAAGUACCAACCGAGACUCUGUGACUAAAAAAUGGCGUUAA